UCCCCCGCCGGCCGCUCCGGCUCGGGGCUCGCCGGGCGGGAGAGUUGAGCGGCUGGGUGGGAGAUGCCGUGCGGGUUCCUUCUCCGGGCAGAUCUGCAACCAGCAUAAUGCUGAAGCUCCCAACUUGGAACAAGCAUUUCACAGAAUGGCACAAACAGAACCUAAUCUGGACCAUGAUGUAUCAUGGUUCCUUCUUCCAUCAUACUGGGCUAAAGCACUUGUGGCGUUGAUUUCCUUCAUCUGUUUUGCUAACAGCUACGAUGGAGAUUUUGUCUUUGAUGAUUCUGAAGCCAUCAUCAAUAAUAAGGACCUCAGGGCAGAGACCCCACUUGGUGACCUGUGGCAUCAUGACUUUUGGGGUAGCAAACUCAGCAGCAAUACCAGUCAUAAGUCAUAUCGACCACUAACUGUCCUAACUUUCAGAAUUAAUUACCUUUUUGCUGGGGGCUUCCACCCAGUUGGUUUCCAUGUCAUCAAUAUAAUUCUGCAUUGUACUAUCUCAGUGCUGAUGAUUGAUGUGUUCUCAAUAUUAUUGGGUGGACUGCAAUUCACUAAUAAAGGGAGAAGGCUAAACCUGGCUCCAAAGACAUCUCUUCUGGCUGCUUUGCUGUUUGCUGUACAUCCUGUGCACACUGAAUGUGUUGCUGGCAUUGUUGGCAGAGCAGACCUGCUGUGUGCCCUGUUCUUUUUGUUGUCAUUCCUUGGCUACUGUAAAGCAUUUAGAGAAAAUAAGGAAGGACAUAAUUUUUCUAUAUUCUGGGUGCUGGUGAGUGUUAUCCUAGGUGCAAUAGCCAUGCUGUGCAAAGAACAAGGAAUUACAGUACUGGGUUUGAAUGCAGUGUUUGAUGUGCUGGUGAUUAACAAGCUAAAUGUUUUGGAGCUUAUUCAAAAGUUACUACAUAAGGACAAGUCACUGGAGAACACUGUGCUGUUAAGAAAGGGACUGCUUUUCAGGAUAACUCUUCUGAUGUCUGGAGGGGCCAGUAUACUUUAUAUACGCUGGAGAAUUAUGGGCACAGGACCACCAGCUUUCACUGAAGUAGAUAACCCAGCUUCAUUUGCAGAAAGUCUCUUGGUGAGAGUUAUAAACUAUAAUUACUACUAUUCAUUGAAUGCAUGGUUGCUGUUGUGUCCCUGGUGGCUGUGUUUUGAUUGGUCAAUGGGCUGCAUACCCCUCAUUAAAUCCGUCAGUGACUGGAGGAUAAUUGCACUAGCAGCACUUUGGUUCUGCCUAAUUGGUCUGAUAUGCCAAGCUCUGUGCUCAGAAGACAGCCAUAAGAGAAGAAUUCUUACACUGGGACUUGGAUUUCUUAUUAUUCCUUUCCUUCCUGCAAGUAAUUUGUUCUUCCGAGUAGGAUUUGUUAUUGCAGAGAGAGUCAUCUACCUCCCCAGUAUUGGAUAUUGUAUUCUGUUCACGUAUGGAUUUAGUCUCUUGAGUAAGCAAGCCAAGAGAAAGAAAAUUCUUGCCGUGGCAGUACUUGGAAUCUUGUUGAUCAAUGUUAUGCGCUGUGCAUUCCGCAGCAGUCAGUGGAGGUCAGAAGAGCAGCUCUUUAGGAGUGCACUGUCUGUGUGCCCCCUGAAUGCAAAAGUGCACUACAAUGUUGGCAAAAACCUGGCUGACAAAGGAAAUCAAAAUGCUGCAAUCAAAUACUACAGAGAAGCUGUAAGGUUGAAUCCUAAAUAUGUACAUGCCAUGAACAACCUUGGAAAUAUUCUGAAAGAAAGAAAUGAGCUCCAAGAAGCAGAGGAGUUGCUGUCCUUAGCUGUACAAAUACAACCAGAUUUUGCUGCUGCAUGGAUGAAUCUAGGAAUAGUACAGAACAGUUUAAGAAGAUUUGAAGAGGCAGAACAAAGCUACUGGACAGCAAUUAAACACCGGAAAAAAUAUCCUGAUUGUUACUAUAAUUUAGGGCGGUUGUAUGCAGAUUUGAAUCGCCAUGUAGAUGCAUUGAAUGCAUGGAGGAAUGCUACAGUUCUGAAACCAGAGCAUAGUUUAGCUUGGAACAAUAUGAUUAUAUUGCUUGAUAACACAGGCAAUCUAGCUCAAGCAGAAGCAGUUGGAAAAGAGGCCCUGGAAUUAAUACCUAAUGAUCAUUCCCUUAUGUUUUCACUGGCAAAUGUACUGGGGAAAUCACAAAAAUAUAAGGAAUCUGAAGCUCUAUUCCUCAAGGCAAUCAAAGCGAAUCCAAAUGCUGCCAGUUAUCAUGGUAAUUUGGCUGUGCUUUAUCAUCGCUGGGGAAAUCUUGACUUGGCAAAGAAGCACUACGAAGUCUCUCUGAAGCUUGAUCCUAUGGCACCAGGCACCAAGGAAAACUACAACCUUCUAAGAAGAAAACUGGAGCAACUGCAGAAGAAAGGCGGUGCCUGAUGUUUCUUUUCUGGUUGUCUGUGCAUGCUGUUUACGGGUACUUGGGGCCGUGUAAAAGAUUCGGUCGUUAUUUCUCAAAAAUAAUAACACCACCAGCACUGCACACUUGAAUGUCCAAUUAUGCCCUCCUACAGAUCCUAACAUUUCAGCAGCACUUGGGGGAAUCAUUUUAUUUUCGCUCUUGAACUGCUUUUAAAGUCCCUUAGAACAUUUAUAUAGAUAUACAAAAGCAAUGCAGAUGGAAUUUCACAGCUUUCACUUGGAAUUUGAUAUUUUCAUUUGACUUUUUUAGUAGCAGAAAUGGGUAUCAGAAGACAGUUUUAUUUCUGAAAGGGAUUCUAAAAAAAAACUUCCUGUUUAAAUCCUGAUAUUUUCAUGUACAAAGAUACCUGUCCACUUCAGUUUUAUUUCUGCCUUCUUUCCACUGCCAGUCCUGCAGAGCCAGUGGAAGAAUGGAUUCUCCCCAGCACAUCAGUCUGCACUUGUAAUUUGAGUUCUGCUCUUCUUCUUGUUACUGGCUCCACCCUUCAAAGUGUCAGACCCAUAAAGCAGUAAAUGAAGACAAGGAUCUGACCAUAAACUUUUGCCAGCCCAGCAUACUGUGGCAUCCUAGGUGAAGACAUUUUAGUAAGUAGCAAAGAGAAAAGAAGUGUCAGGUGACAGAGGAAUUAGGUAGAGCUCCUGAUCUUGCAGGUAGCCUUAUUUAGCGUAGAUAAAUUGGGCAAUAAGUCAUAAUUGCUUUAGCUCCUGACACAGGUUAGUGAUAUAAUUUCAGUAAAGUGUCUACAGAAGCUAAUUCCUGUGUUCUCAGGCUUUGCAGUCCUUUCUGGUUAAGGACAUUACACCUUUUGGCUCCUGUAGUAUUGGUGAAUAGGAGAGAAUUUCUGUAAAAAAAUAACUGAGCAGAUCAUCUGACCUUGGCUGUUGAUGUAUCUACUGGAAGGAACUCAGAUCCACCUUUGUCUCCUGUUGCUCCUGUGUUUGCUGAAAUGGCAGAUAAAUAAGCAUUGCUGUUAAACUGAUCUUAAGGCAUAAACUGAUCACAUUGUGGAAUGAUUUGGAGAUGGUAUACAUUGAUACAGUGUCACUUCAAAAUGUGCUAUGCUUUAAUACGUGUUUAAACUCUGGCUGUCCAGAGGCAUUUGUCUUGUGCUAAUAUUUACAUUCCUACUUCAGGAUGAAGUCACGUGUCUAUUUAUUUGUUGGUUUUGGUUUUGUUUCUUUAAGAUUGGAAGAUUGCUUUUGGAUGUAAAAAUUGAGGAACGUUAUCUCUUUUUUCAUAUUCCUUUAUCCUUUUGCUCUGCCCCCUAGCUUACAGGAAAAAAAAAAUCAUUGCUGUAUUUGCAGUUUUCCUAAUUUGUCCACUGAUUAUUGUAUAGAGAUUGUGGGAUGUUCUCCAUACAUAACUUGCCUAUGUGUGGAAAUGUUUGAAGUAUAGAGGAAAUGCCUGCUGUAGAACAGGUCGUUGUGUGACCUUGCCUUCUGACUAUCAUGUAACCAUUUUACACCUAUACCAAAUUUUGAACUUAAUACAUUAUAAAUUUGCUUGGACAUGACAACUGUUCUUGAAAGUUGGUUCAAGAACCAUGUCUAUCUACAGGGUGUAUUACACUAUGGCAGAGAUGCCAAAACAUCCUCUUGACAAAGACAGUUUGGGUACUACAGGUAGUGCAGCUCCUUUAAUGUAAUAUUCUUGCCAGAGUAGUUAUAAAUCUAGCCAGCAAGGUUGUGGCUAGCCACAAAUUUGGCUUUGAAUAAAUCAGUAUGCCUACACUACAGAGUAUACUGUCAUACUGAUUUUAGUUGAGCUACCAGAAGCCUGUAUUUGUGCUAAUGCAGUGCUAAUAGACUUGUUUCUCAGCAGGAAUAAACAGUUCCUAAUAGGGUACUAAGUUGAUUCAAUCAUUUCCAUUUCCUCUGGUUUCUGGACAAAAUUUUCAGAAACUAUUUUCUGAAUACAUUUGCAGGAUAUAAACCUGCUCUCUGACAAGUAUCUGUACUGAUCUAGCAGAAAGCUGCACCAGCAUGGUUAUUUUCUGAUAACCAGUCUAGGUUAGUCAGUAUCAACUUUUGUAUCUGAAACAUACUGAAAUAUGAAAUACCUUUCGGUACAAAGAGCAGACUAUUAAGGCUUUCCAUACAUAGCCUGUUCUUUGUCAAAUAUAGAGAACACUUAUCUAUACUUGAGUCAUGAGGUAUUAAAGAGCUGGGAUCUGUCUGGAUGAGCUGGUUUAUAGCAGAGGAUAAAUGUGUUUAAUGUAAUCAGGUCUCUUCUGUAUAUUUGGAAUGUGACAAUACUGAGUGUAAAUUAUUCUCUUCAUGAAGUUCACAUGUAUAGUUUUCCCUGUUGCCUGCCGUAUUAGCUUUACAGAAAUCCACUAGAUCAGUGCUAUAGAUGAGGUAUGAAUUCUCUCUAGGUCAUUAUGAACCAAAGUUGUAGGAAUUCCUCUGUGGAAGUCAGUUUGUUCUUCCACUUGAGGGUCUUAAGAGUCGAAGAAGAGAGAUGCCAGCAAAUUGGAUGUUUUGCUGGUAUUUGAAAAUGGUGUUUACCUGUCAACAAAGACAAUAUCAUUUCUUCUUGAUCAGCUUUCUAUGUACCUGUAUAUAUUUUUGUGAGGGAUUAUUUGUUUUAAAUAAUUUCAGUGCUCUAGAAAUCCAAUGUGUGAUUAUUUGUGUUACAGUAAUAAGAGGGAUACACUUAAUGUCUGAAGUGUAAUGUCAGAAUUGGGUUCAAAAGAAGCAACAAAGAUGGCUGCUUUUUUAAUAAAUUCCUUAAGAUUUUCAAAAAUGCUAAGUAUUUUUUUUACUUUAUUUUCAGCAAUACUUUGAGAGUGAAAAUAAUACAGUGAGUUUUAUUAAAAUGGUUAUGAUU